GCCAGCAAUCAGGUCUGGGAAUAGAAAUGCGCAACACCGUGAUCAUCGUUUGCCUAUCUGCGGCACUUGGCAUCGUCUCCGCCACCGAUUACUGCAAAAAGAGCUGUGGCAGCACCAAGAAUCUCGGAUGCGAUAAUGAUGGGGCCUGGGCCUCCAGCUGCCCCAGUGACGCGGCCCUCUUAUCGCUGAGCUCGGCGGAAAAGGCUGCCUUGGUGGACAGGACGAACGAGUACCGCAACAUCAUCGCCGGCGGACUGAACGCCAAUCUGAGUGCCGCCUGUCGGAUGGCCACCAUCAAGUGGAACGACGAGCUGGCCUACUUGGCCUCCCUGAACGUCAAGAGCUGUGCGAUGCGUCACGACGGCUGCCACAACACCGAUGCCUUCGACUGGUCGGGUCAGAAUCUGGCCUGGAUGAGCUACUACGAUCCUCUGAAUGUGACCCACUAUGUGCAGUGGGGCGUCGAUAUGUGGUACGGUGAGGCGGUCUACACCAAACAGGCCUACAUCGAUGCCUAUCCAUCGAACUACCAGGGACCGGCCAUCGGUCACUUCACCGUUCUGGUUGCCGAUCGUAAUACGGAGAUGGGCUGCGCUGCGGCCACCUACUCGGUGCCUGGACAGGGCUACAAGGCCUUCCUCCUGGCCUGCAACUAUGCGGCCACCAAUGUGCUGGGCAUUAAAAUGUACAGCUCCUGCCCCAAGGCGCCGGCCAGCAAGUGCACCACCGGCACUAAUCCCAACUACAAGUACCUGUGCAGCGCCAACGAGGUCUACGACGUCAACAAUCUAUUCUACUGAAACACUGAACUACUGAAUAAAUAGAAGCUACAAUCGCUUUGCGGCUAAUUGGUUUUCCAACAAAAA